AUGGGCUGGUUCUCUAACGACUCUGACGAGGCUCAAUCCUACGACCAGGUGGUCAACGCCCCCCACAAGGCUGAGCUCUCCCAUGAGCUGAUCGCCGCUGCCGCUUCCUACGAGGCUGCUAAGGCAUACGAGAAGCACUGCGAGCAGAAUGGCAAGCCUCAGUCGCACGAGGAGGCUAAGGAACUUCUUGCUGGUAUCACCGGUGGCUUCGUCGACCGCAUUGUUGAGACCAAGGGUCUUGACUUUGUUGACCGCGAGAAGGCGAAGCACCAGGCUAGGCAGCGUGCUGAGGGUGCCCUGUCCAAUGCCGGGGAGUACUGA